CAGGUCCAGCCUGAUGACUGGAGGGGCUAAGCGAGGAGUACCCAGCCCUUGGCUCUUGGAGGAGCCAGAGGAGACCAGAGGCUUGGGUGUUGAUGGAAUCCGACAGCAGCAGCAGCAGAUCAUCCAAGAACAAGAUGCAGGCCUCGAUGCCCUUUGCUCUAUUAUAAGUCGCCAAAAACAAAUGGGUCAAGAAAUUGGGAAUGAACUGGAUGAACAAAAUGAGAUAAUUGAUGACCUCACCAACCUGGUGGAGAAUACAGACGAGAAACUCCGGACUGAAACCCGACGUGUGAAUGUGGUGGACAGAAAGUCAACAUCUUGUGGGAUGAUAAUGGUGAUCUUACUGCUGCUCGUGGCCAUCGUGGUUGUUGCCGUCUGGCCCACCCGCUAGUGGCCAUAAAGGGACCAACAGCCGUGACACCCGCCAGUCAGAUGGAGGAAGCUCAGCACCCUUUCAGCACAUGAAAGCUGCUGUAAUAAAUCCCCCCCAAAGCCCUGA